AUGGUCCAACUUUUCGGAUCUCAACAGAAAGACGGCUUUGGAUUACUCUUUCAUGAGGCUAGAGCAGAGAUGACACGCAGGUCAGUUGGUGAUGGAGUAAUAUUGACACCAACUGCGGGAGAUCUGUUGCGCUCAUCAUCUCGGCGGUUGAAGGCCGGCAUGAGUUUGAUUCCGUGCAUAAAGUCAUUUGUUGUCAGUCUCAGCAUCCCGGAAUUCAUCCACCUUCACACUUCACCCUCUUAUUUGGGGAGGGAAUCCGUGGCUGACCUUCCAUUCUACCCUUUUAUCACCCUUGAUCAGAAUCUUAAGAGCAUAGGCCUUGAUCUCUCCCCUUUGCUCGGGAAACAUUUGAAUCCCCCAUCGGAUCCGGUGAGUGAUGGAUCUUCCCACAAGUUUCAAGGGAGCCUAUCCCUACUCGUUACCGCCCAGAUUAUCCACUGCAUGCGGCUGACCUCCCCCGGUAUUUCCGCACUCAGUACCCCAUAUCUGCCAAUCGACCCGUUCGGAAGCACGCCCAAGGCAAAAAAAGAGGAUCCAACAGGUGGAAAAAGGAAUCUUGCGGUCAACGAUAGCCGUUACGAAUUGGUCACUCAAAUAUGGAGGUAA